UUCUCAAAUGGCUAGUGAAGAAACAUCAAGUACUCAUAAAUACGUUCAUAAUUUUUGAAGUGCAAUUCAAACAAGAUGUAUGUUAAAGUGGAUUGUUAAGAAUAAUCUAUAGUUGGUAAAGUAAAAGCAAUUUAUCUUUCAUCUUUAUUGUACCUAGAAAGAAGGGAAUAGCAUUGUCAGUAAGUAAGAAUGUUGUAUAUAAGAAGAAUUAAUUUUGAUUCUCUACGAAACUGGACAUCCUGGUAGCAGGAGGAACUUACAGAUUGUGCAGAAACAGAUUUUAAUAUCCAUAACAUUUGGUUUCAUUAUAAUGUGCAGAUUUCAGGCCUUCACGUUCUUCCUUCUUCUGCAACUGAAGCUUCCCAAAGCAGAAGGCAAAUGUAUCUUUUUAGAGGUCCAGCAGCGCUGCACUUGUUCACUUCUAAAUCAGUCAGAAAUAAACAAUAUUGGUGUAUGCUUUUUAGCUGCUGAGUAUGAACUCAAAGGAGGAAACCUGGAACAAUUUGCAGACUUUUCUGAAAUGAAGCCAACUCCAAAACUAAUUAACAUCCUGCAAGCUCUGCAGGUAAGAAAGCUCAUCUUUACUGACCUCUUUGUGCCGGAAGUUCUGUUACCAGGUGCCCUGGAAUUUAUUUCCUAUACAAGUCUUGUUUCAGAACUUGAAUUUAUUAAUUGCACUUUCCUUAGACUUGUACACUGGCAAUAUAUAAGGCCCUUGAAUCUAAAAGUUACCUCUCUGCGUUUCCACAAAGUGAUUGCUGCCCCUCUGGAUGAAAGAUUUGAUAUAUCCAGUCUGAAGAGAUGGCUGGAGACCCUGGAGAAUCUGACACUGACAGAGUCACAAAUUACAUCUAUUCCUUGUAAGAUUGGCAGAACAUUCAGAGCAUUACGUUUUUUGGAUAUUUCAGGAAACCAUUUUCAGGAUCAAAGCAUAAACUCAACAUUCUGCAAAGGUGCUUUCCCACAGCUCCAAGUAUUAAAACUAAGUCACAAUAAUUUGACUUCUUAUGAGACUUUGUGCAAGACUCUUAGUAAUUUUGAUGUGCUUACUCUCUUAGAUUUGAGUCAGAAUGACUUCUUGCCUGGAGCCUUCCCUUUCCACUGUAUGUGGCCACAAUCACUUCAGAUUUUUAAUUUGUCUAACACGGGAUUAGAACACAUGGAUAGAUUACUGCUUCCCAACAUUAAAGUAUUAGAUCUGAGUGCCAAUAACAUCUUUACUCUAGAUGUCUCACAUUCUUCUUUGAAAGAGCUGUAUUUGUCCAAUAAUAGAUUACAGACAUUCCCAUCAGUCCAUCAGCUUCCUAAUCUGGAGGUCCUGAAUUUAGAUAGAAACUGCAUGUCAAGGUUACAGAGCAAGGAUGUAUUGUAUCUGAAACAUUUACAGAGCUUAAAGGCUGGCCACAAUCUGUAUAACUGUUCUUGUACUUACUAUAUCAGGGAAAUCAAAGAAUUAGCAGCUAAAGAAUCAUUGCUGCUUGAUUGGCCUCAGAAUUAUGUAUGUGACUCCCCUCCCGUUUAUCAGGGCUACCUGGUAAGAGAUGUGCCUCUAUCACUACUACAGUGCAACAAGACUCUGAUCAGUCAAGGCUCAGUAGUCAGUCUAUUGAUGUGUCUUUCCCUUGUUCUUCAUUUGCUUCUAGCAUAGCUAUGAGAAUGCUAAUUGAAGUGCUUGUAUUCAAAAUCCAGUUUAAUGUCAUGUAAAUUGAAGAGCUGGAUUUAUUCCUAUUUUUCACAAAUCAUAACAAUAGAGAAUGGUAAAGAGCAGCAUGUUUAUUUGAAAAUAUUACAUGUUGACAUUUGUUUGUCAUCAAGAUUCACCAGCUUCACUACCAGUCAUUCUCCUCAAAGUCAUAUGGGGUGUUUGAAUGGAUGGUUGGAACUCACAACCCUUUUGUCAAAGAAUGGAAUAGUACUUUACAUUUCAACAUGGUGAAGUAACUUCCAAGAGGUUAAAGUGAAAUAUAAAAGUUUGUGUGUUGGGGCGGAGGAAACACACACAGAAUAAAGUGGGUUGGAAUUCUCACAAUGAACCUCCCCAUCCCUCUGGUGAUCUGUUGCCUAUCAGUCAGGUCACUUUUAACACAGGAAAAUAUUCAAAGGAUUGGGGUGCAUAUUUUCAAGAACAUUUUAAAAACAGUUUUCACAUGUACAGUACAAUAUUAUUUUAUAGUUGACUUAUAAGCAGUUGGUAAUGUGGAAGCAACUCAAUUAAUAUAUUGUAAAAUCAAGUAAGACGGCCCCAUAUUCCAAUUAAUACCCUGAAGUUACCAAUGUAGGUGUUUCACGAGACACUAUUCAGUAGAAAUGUGACAUAAAGAACCGGCGGGGGAAAGACCGGCCAUAACAAUAUGGCCUGCUACUAAGCUGUUGACAGCCGAAGUCAAAAUCACCACCAAGCAUCUUUAAAGUAACGUGGAUGAAACUGGGUGAGAUCUGAUCCUCUCUUUAAGACUUUAAGUAUUUUUUCCUGUAAAAGCUGCCCCAAGUAUUUUUCCCCCUGUGAGGAGAAAGGGAAGGGAAUUUCUACCCCACUCUCUAAGAAAAGCAGCGACUAACUACCCAGGGGAAACAAGCAACUAUAAGAACAAUUUUAAUCUAAUUGGAUGUAUAUGCUUUUGAAACUUGGGGUCUAAAAGUGUUCCUUUUCUUACUGGAGACAUUUGUUUUUAUCUAAAAAAGAAAUAAGAUUUGAAAAACUAUCAUAAAAAUUUUGGAUUUAAAAAGCUUUAAAUGGAGUCCGUGAUAUCUUGUGGCAAAGUAUCGUAUUACAAUUUGUUAUUGCCUAAAAGAGACUUGGCUUGAAGCCCAGACUCCAGAAAAAAAAAUUCCUUGACCCAGACAGUUACCAUCUGUGAAAAAUCCAGUUGCAAAGAAGGAACUUCUUGGCGGCAUAUCUGGCCUGUUUGAACUAUGAAUGUAAAUUUUUACUGACUUUCAGAGCUAUACUUGGGGAAUUGCUUUCCUAUUUCUUUACAUGAGAAGCAUAUGAUAUUAUAUGAGAUGAUGGAAUACCUUGGACUAUAAACUCUUACUUGACAAACAAUUUCUACUGUAAAGACCACCUAUUACAUGUGAAAUAGAUGUCCCAUACCUAGCUAUAAAAAAACAAAAAACUGUUUUAAACAUUUGAUUCUAAAGUCUUCAACUUAACAUAUUAUCAAGAGAAUAUGGAUGAAGAUCAGGAAAAA